CGAAACAAAUUUCCCGACGAUUGAGGCCCAACGAUUGUUCCCAUAUUGGGACAAGCCAAUAAGAGCCACUUUCGACGUUUCCAUAAAGCAUCACUGCAAUUAUUCAGUUUUCUCAAAUAUGCCGAUACGACAAGAGAAAAUAUACAAACAUAAAUUAAAUAAUACAGAAAUAUGUAUGCAAUGGACAUACUUCGACACCACUCCUUCUAUAUCUGCUCAUCUCGUGAUGGUUAUGAUUUCAUCGAUGCAUUUCUAUCCCAAUAAUGGCAUAGAUAAGGAUUACUUCUGGCGCAAUCCAGACUCAGAGCAUGUACAAUUUGCGGAAAGAGUUUCAAACAAAAUCAUAAUGAAGUUGAAAUUUGAAUGGUUUAAACUUCUGAAGAAAGUGAAGGUUCCGAAACUGCAACUUGUCGCAAUCCCAGGUUUUCGAAAUGAUAUUAAUAUGAACUUCGGUUUCGUCGCAAUAAGAGAAACAAGUAUUAUUUACAACGAAAAUCUACAUUCUAUUGCGCAUAAAAUAGAAGCGGCAUGGUCGAUAACACGUGUAAUAGUAUAUCAAUGGUUUGGUAAUUUAAUUAAUCCAUCUUGGUGGUCUAAGUUGUGGUUAAACGAUGAUCUUAUUACAUUGGUCGGAAUGGACGUUAUGAAUGCCAUCAAUGCUAUUGAGGUUAUUAUGUUUUCUUAAUGUAUAUCUUUAAUAUGCUGAAUAUAUGCAAUUAAAUGCAAUACUUGAUAUCAAGAUAGUAGGAAAGUUCUGGAACUAUAUAUUUAUAAUUAAAAAAAUGUAAUGUU